AUGCUGUACACUAAGUUUAGCGUUCCCACAGCCACCGCCAACGCACCAGCCGCCGCCGCCAGCAGCCCCGAGUCCUCUACAGUACUGCAGCCCGGCGACGUUGACGAGCUGCUGUACACUCCCGGCGAGGAAGUGCCGUACUACAUGGGCCCGCUAGAGCUGCGAGAUGUGCCGGCAGAUGCCGGCGUGGGUGUGUUUUUGACAAAGGACGUGACGUGCGGCACGCUGCUGCUGGCCUGCUACCCGCUGGCGAUGCUACGGGGCCGACCCGUGGGUCAUCACAGCGACCCAUCUUUCGCCGGCCCUGCGGCGGCGCCGCCGCCGUCACCUUUAGAGCUGGCGCAUGCGUUAGACGGCGCCGUCAUGAGUCCCCUCGCGGCGGCCUGGAUGCUGGCACUGUACGACGGCGUUGACGACGGCGAUGACGACGACGACGGCGACGGCGUGCCCAGUGGCGGCGGGGGCAGCAGCCGUACCCGGAGGCGGCUGGGUCAGUUGCGGCAGUUGUUCCGGGUGCCUUUCGGCGCCACAGCAGCUGCCGCCCCGGACGAGGGGGACGAGGGGGAGGAGGAGGCUGCCGGGGGGGCUUCCUCCGGCCGGCGGCAGUUGGGCGUUCGUUGUCCGUUGCCUGACGAGGCAGUGGCCCGAGUGGUGACGUUUAACGCGUACGGAGAAUCCAAACCAGAUCCAGCGGUGUCGGCCGUCAGGUCGCUCUCCGCGGAGCUCCUGAGCGGCUGUGUGGGGCUCUGGCCGCCCUUCAGUCUCAUCAAUCACUCUUGUGCGCCUGUGGCGUCGUACGGCCUAGUGGGUGACGUCAUGGUCGUACGCGCCGCCGCCGACUUGCCCGCCGGCCAGCAGGUCACGAUCAGCUACUUUGGCCGCCGCGCUCUGGGCCCCUUGGAGCUUCGUCGCGCCUACCUGCGCCAGCAUUACGGGUUCGUGUGUGCGUGUGAAAGAUGUGUUUUGGAAGCUGCGGGGUUGGGGGAGGGGGAGGGGGAAGGGGAGGCGGGGGGAGGGGAACAAGACGUGGUGGCGGCGGCGGCGGCGGCGGCGGCCAAGAUUCCGAAAGAGCUGCCAGGUUUUAUAGAAAACCUGCAUACUACCUGCAGCCGCGUGGCGGCGCCGCACCUGUACGACAUGCUGACGGGACGGAGAUGGGCGACGGCGGCGGCGGCGGCGCAGCCGCCGCCGCCGUUUGGCAGUGGCCCCGCGUUUGCCGUCCCCCAGGACGAACCGGUUUCGGAGCUUGUUGAAGAGCUUUCGGAGUUGUACGGCUACCUGUCGGAGAGCUGGCAGCAGCUGCUGCGUGCGGCAGCGGCGACGACGGCGGCGGCGGCGGCGGGGUCCGAGGGCGAAGAGGAAACAGCCAGGGAAGAGGAGGAUGGCGCUGAUGGCAGCAGCAGCGGCGGCGGCGGCAGCGGUGGGGUCCUAUCGCAGCAGGAGGUGUUGUGGCUGGAAGGCAGUGUAUUCGUGUUGCUGGACCAGCUGCUGGUGGUGGUGGGGGCGCUGGGCCUGCUGCAGGUUGUGCAGGAAAGGCAGCAACAACAACAGCAACAGCAACAAUCGCCGCGACGAAGCCGGCGGCGGCAGCAGGACGCGGAUGCAGGAGCCAGUAGCGGCAAGGGCCGCAAGGCGAAGGGGAGGCCGCUGCCGCUGCACAAAAAAGCGACGGCCGGGGCGCAGGAGGUCGCGGCGGCGGUGGCGCCGGGAUCUGAUCUGGCGGUCGCUUGCGCCGUACGGCUCCUGUACGGAAUCCAGGCCGUACUGGGACCGGAAUCGGACGAGUUCCAGCAGGCAGAGAUAAGUUGCUACGACGCGCUGUCGGCCCGGAACCCAGGCGAAGUAACACCACCCUCGCAGCCACCUCCGCCAUGCCCAGUCAAGUCACUGGCGCAGUUCGGCCAGCUGGCCAAGGACGUGUUGUACGGCAAUCGCGUGGAGGGCCUGUACGGCACCGCCGGCGUGUCCAAGUUCAUGAUCUCGAGCACGAACGGUCGUGGUCUGUCCCUGACCACCACAGCCACCACCACCUCUUCGUAA